AUGGGGUCUUCGUCACCGGCCGCCGCCGUCGCCGUGACGACCGCGGCGGUGCCACCGCACGCCGCUGAGUCUGGAGGAGAAGGCGGGCCGACCGAGAGGCGUCGCGACUCCCGUGGUCGCCGUCGUCACCGCGCUAUUACCGUGCUAGCAGCCCUACCGGCCGCCGCCGCUGCCGCCGCCUUCGCCGUAGCAGAGGAUCGUCGUCGGCAGUUGCGGCGGACGGAACGACGUCGCGGCGGGCUGCAUCACCGCCAACCGUCGCCCGGCGGACGGCCGCGCAUUGAUCAUUCCCGGCACCGGUUGACCACAGCCAUCACGACGCCAGUGGGUCAGGACGCCGCCGGGGCGGUGCACCAGCCGCCUUAUGCCAGGGGUUGCCGGAUCCGCACGACGGCCGUCGGCGGUCCACAGCACCACGGCGGCCACAUGGCCACGUCGUCGCUGGCCACCACGUUUGGCCUGCAGUUCUACCCGGACGAGACGACCACCACCGCCACCUGCACCACUACAACCGGUGGUGGCGGCGGUGGAGCUGUGGACCCGUUGGCCGCCCGGCCACCCGUGGCCGGUUUGCCCGUCCAGUCGUCCAACGCCACCGGCAACUCGUCCGCGGCCGGCCAGCAACAGCCAAUGUACGCGACGUCCGCCAACCGGAGCACGUCGCCGUUGAACCCGCAAAACCAUUUGGCACAUCCGUUUCACAUGUCCUUCCCGGUCACACAGACCCACAAUAUAAGCAGAGGCGGUGGACGGUGCAGCAGUCUGAUGAUGAGUUGCGCGGGUUGCGACAAACCUAUUAUGGAUAAGUUCCUUUUGAACGUGCUGGACAGGGCGUGGCACGCGGAAUGCGUGAAAUGCGCCGACUGUCACGGCACGUUGUCCGACAAAUGCUACAGCAGGGACGGCAAGAUACUGUGCAAGCCCGACUUUUACAGACGGUAUGGCAAAAAGUGCAAUGGUUGCGCCCAGGGCAUCUCACCCACUGACCUGGUGCGGAAAGCCCGGGACAAAGUUUUUCACCUAAACUGUUUCACGUGCAUGAUAUGUCGGAAACAGCUGUCUACCGGCGAGGAACUCUACGUGCUCGAAGACAACAAAUUCAUAUGCAAGGACGAUUACAUAUCCGGAAAGAAUGGGCAAGGUAUCGACUCGUUGACGUACUCAGGAUCGGAGGACGAAGACGACGACGAGACCACCUCGAACAGCAUAUCGUCUACCAAACACCACCACCUCAUCACGGGGCUCCAUGGAUCCGGCGGUCCCGGUUCGAUAUUGCCACCGACUACGCCAGAAGCCAACAACAACUCGCUGUCGGCCGGUGAUCUGCAAGCCCCUCACUCGGGCCUAGACCUCAAGGAGGAUUCUGAGGACCAAGGUUCUUUGGAUGGUGACCCGGAGACCAGGGACAGUCAAACGGAGAACAAAUCGCCGGACGACGGCAAUUCCGGAUCCAAGAGACGGGGUCCCAGAACUACCAUCAAGGCCAAACAACUAGAAAUACUUAAGACGGCCUUUUCGCAAACGCCCAAACCUACCAGGCACAUCCGCGAACAAUUAGCCAAAGAGACCAGCCUGCCCAUGAGAGUCAUACAGGUGUGGUUUCAGAACAAGAGGAGCAAAGAGCGGCGGCUGAAACAGCUGACGUCCAUGGGCCGAGGGCCGUUUUACGGUGGUGCGCGGAAAAUGCGAGGGUUCCCGUUGAACAUGAGCCCCGGAUCGCUGGACGACCAGCAACCCGGUUUCCCGUACUUCGCUGGCUCUGCCGAAGUCAAGUUUGAGUUCGGUUACGGGCCCGGAUCGUUCCACCCUGACUUCUUCGGCCAUCACGGCGGUCCACACGGCGGCGGCGGACCCGGAGGACCCUUCGGACACCCAGGUGGUAUGGAUUCCAACCCGAUGUCUGGAAUGGGACCCGACUAUCCUGGCAUGGGCCAAGACGCUCCACCUGGCUUCAUUGCGCAGCAACAGCAGGCAAACGACCAGCAGCUCGUGUCACAAAGGCCGGGCAGUCCGUCAGAGUUCAUGGGCUCCCAAGGUGGUAGUAGCAGUGGGUUUUCUGACGCGCCAAACUUGCAGAACGAAGGCAUUGUCUGGUGA